CGCUGUUUGUCGUGUCUGUUUUGAAAUUAGAUAUUGCACAAUUUUGCCGGUUGACAUAAAUAAACAAAAGGAAUAGGAAAAUUGUUCGAUUUGUUUCGGUAUUUUUUGUUUAACUUUGUGCUCAAAGUGUCAACAUUAUGUACAAACGAAGAUCCAAACCCGUAUCUACUCUUUCGAGUCAAAACAGAACAUUACUUUCAAAUACUGUAGUCGCUACAACAUCGUCGAUUGCUUCAACGUCCCUGACACCAGUGGCAACUACAUCCCCGAAUGAAAAUAUCAAUCCAAAUGGAUCGCAAGCUAAAAGAAUGAAACCAUCACAGCUGGUUGACAACAAUGAUGAAAAUAUGUUCGAGAUUCCAUGCAGCCAAGAUCCAGCCCCAUCACGAUUCUCUUCACAGCGAAGUAUAUUGGCAAGAACGCAGUCCAUCUUAUCCAUUCAACGGCAGCCAAAAAAUUAUUUCGAAAGUGUUCUGAUCAAGUGUGGCGUUGGCUUGGAGUCAAUGGAGUGUUAUGUGUUAACAUGCAAUCACUUGAACUUUGUGAACAAAGUCAGAGAUCUGCUUGGAAGCAGCGACAACUAUCCGGAUAAUAUUAAAGACUUCGUCAGCGGUAUAACUGAUGCUAUGAAAACGUACAUCAAUUUGACGAAACUGUUCAGCGGCUGCAAAUUAAGUCUUCCAAGUUCGGACAGCAUUUACCAGUCUCAGGAGAGUUUGAUCAAAGAUCUGCUAAUGAUUGAUUUUCUGCAAGUGGAUUUGAUCGAAGUUUUGUUUGAGAAAAUUGAAACGUUCGUUGGACGCGAUGAAACGCUUAGUCUGGACAUUCCUUACGUGGAUCUCAUGCUUUCCGAACUGAAAUAUUUGAAUAUCGUUGAGCAUGGUGACAUUGUUUCGUUGAAAGUGUUCCAAGUUUUCGAAUUGGCAACCACAAACUAUCAACAGGUGAUCAUAAGAUCGAUACCGGAUAUCAUCGAUGUGGGCCACCAUGACGAAGCGAUGGAAAAGUUGAUAAGAACUGUUCCGGACGACACAAACCUAUUAGCAUUUUCUAAUGUGGACACCUUCGGAAAUAUGCACCUCAGUGCAGCAGUUCUCAGCACACUCAGAACGAAAAUCGUCAACCAUAUGAAAUAUAGAGCGACUCACGAAUGUUUCCCAUCAUUCGUGAAAUUCAUUCUACGCAUCAAUAAGGAUGAAAUCGAUACCCUUCCGCAGAUCAUAUCCGAUCUUCGCGAAUGCCUACGUUGGAACAUCACCCCGGACAACCAACAGGAGAUUUAUGCAAAUCAAAAGGACGUCUUUGACAGUAUCGUGCGAUCAUUGUCCGCUUCGAAGCAAAUAUACGACAUUUGGCUGAAAAACAUUCAAAGUACAUCUUUGGAUGACCAGAAGCCUGUUGAUCUGAUACUCCUACUAAUUAUGAUGAAAGUGAAUGAGGAUAAGGCGUACUACAUUGAACAAUUGAUUCGAAAGAAGAUACGAACCGGACAGUUUAGCAUAACCAUUUUGGACGAAAUUGUUGAGCAUUUCCCAUCAAUUCUGAAAGAGUAUCUCACGCUGUUCGUUUCCACUUUGGAUAAAUUGUUCCGAGACAAAAAGGAUGAAGUUGUAGCGUUCGCCACACACGGAUUCAGGACACUAUUCGACGUUGACCAGUUCAAUAAAAAAGUUUUGCUUUCAAAGCUCGUUGAAUACGUUUGCCAAAAUCAGAUCGGUUCGGAAACAGCGACGAAUGCUUUGCGCAUUCUAAGUGAAUUUAAUGACAAAAAUCCAGCUCAAAUGCAAAAUUAUGCGCUGCAGUUGAUGAGAAUGCUUGACAGAGCCUCAGAGCUCAAUCUGGCACAAUAUCGAAUGAUUAUGAAUAUUCUGUGUUCGAUCGCUUAUCCACUUCCUCCAAUGGUCGGAUCGCUUGACCUACAAAAUCACAUUGAUAUGCUCCUAAAGAAGCAAGUGGCUAGUAGCAUUCCAACAAUUAAAAAUUUGGGCAUCGUGGGAGUUGUUCAGACUAUAGAGCAUUUGGUGUGGACGACCGAUGAUGAUUCGAGUCAGUCGCAGGGGAACGAAUUAUUCCAAACAAUUGAUGAUAUUGAUGACGUAGCUGCUAAGACUGCUGCUCAAUAUUUAGAUCUAAUACUAUCUGCUACUCGUACCAGUCCAGAAUCACUAGGAUUAUGUUUCGAUGAACUAGCUGCCGUUCUCUCCCAUCGAAAUAAAAAUCAACGAAAGCAAUUGGUCGUCAACAAAAGUUUCAAGAUUUGGAUUUCCGAUUUUAUUGUCGAAAACUUUCAAGAUUUAUUCGUUGUCGAUGACAUACCUGAACUGGAUGUAGAAUGUGAAUACCAGUAUUCCAUAAACAAUGCAUCCGACAAUAAUACUCACUCCGAAGAUAUCGAACACAUUGGCGUCAACAUAGCUGGACUGCUGUUCAAACCAUCAUCAAAACCGCUUGGCUCCGUCUUCUUGUUGCCGUCAUUUUUCAACUUGCUCCGCAUCACCCAACACUAUCGCUACGGUAAUCUCAUAACUAUAAACGCACUUUUGGGCUGCGCGAUAGUGUUGCCGAAGUGUAUGAACAGUUCUUCGGAGAUGGACAUUUUUUUGGAUUAUGAAGAGUCGAGAGCCGAGAAAAUUUUGGAUCUUCAUUACCUUACGGUUAAUUGGAUGCGAGAAACAAUAAGUGCCUUUGUGUCGCAAUCGGGCGAGCCGAUGCAGAAGAAGACUAUGACUCGACUGAACGAAGUAAUUACGCUGGAAGCAAAAAUUCGAUAUUUCUUGGAACUGGCACCAUCAAAUUACACACCGCCGAUUUGCCAAUUUAACUGUUCGCCGAACAAGAAAGCACCCACGCUACAGAAAAAACCUUCAACUGCUCAACCGAAAACGUCGAAAAAAGCGCGUGCCGCUCCCAACGUCAACGCUGAAUCGCAAAAUGUUACUUUAUUCGACAUUUUGAACACCGAGCGAACUGAAACCAAUGCACCGAAUCGAUUCAGUGGCAAAAUGAAUUUCAAUGCGUUGAACUAUGGACCGAAAGAAAUCUACAGGCAAAUGGAUCCCGACAUUGCGUGCCUGUUGAGUCAAGAAUUACUGAUCAAGUAUCCACUACCAUCAGGAAGCGUCGGUGAAGUAUUGGGAUUGGUCGAAUUCAAAUUCAUCAUGGACGAUUUGAUCAUCAAAAUGGAAUCGAUAUUCGGUGUUAAGCAAUUCGUCCCUGAUCAGCCGAUGCAGUACGUGCUAUCACCAUCGGAUUUGUUCAAUGAUUUGAUCAAAUUUCUGCCGCAAAUUGUGACCUUUUUCAAUCAGCUAGCAGAUCACUUAUACGAAUGUGUUAGUAAUGCAGAAUCCGAUGUCGACCCCGAAUUAUAUACCGAUGAGCUGAACUACAUUAAGGUCUGCAUUGGAUUGUGUCUUCGGCUCUUUGCGGCAUUUUUUACAUGGUCCAAUUUUCAACUCGAUACUCAUAAGUCUUUGUUAAAAGAAUCACUCUCCAAACUUGCGCAAUGCAUUGAAUCUGAAGCUGAUGGAACUAUCAGUCAACUGGCACAACAAGCUAUCGAAAACAUUAUGCGUCACGCGUCUACAAUAUGCGAUCUGCAAUCAGCCGUGCACAUGUUGCAUUUAAUACGGUCCCUUGCUGUCUAUUCGACACAGCCCAAAACCGAUGAAGCCGUUGUCAAUCUUUGCCGAAGAUAUUUGUCCAGAAAAUGGUACGGUUACGAUGGAGCUCUGGAACGUGGUGGUAAAUGUAACAUCUUGCUGGACGAUUUACUGAAGGGUCUGAUGAAAUCGGCAACAUUCGCGCGAAUUAAUGAAUUGCUUAAAAUAACCGUUCGUGACGUUAAGGAACUGUGCGGCAAGAACGAUCGCAUGAAGUCGUUUCCCAAUUUUCAUAAAGCCAAUCUUGCGCUAUUGUAUCGAUCGCUAUGCGUGGCAUUGAUCGAAGCUGUAACCAGUAAACUGAACAAAAGUGCUCCGACAUCCGUUCAGCUGAGGGUUUUUGAGAAAUCAACCGCGCUAUUGCAGAUAUUGGCUGACAUUGUUGGUUUUGUGAACAUUCCGCGAAAUUAUGCCAUUUUCUUGAAGCAAGCCCACAUUUACUUCAAAAUAUUUCUGCAACACGGAAUCCCAUUGAUAAAGACUGGCCUACGGAGCAACAGCGACAAAAUUUUAGAGUUCCUGCAGGGCUUCAAUCACAUUGCAUCGUUUUUGCAUAAAAUUUGUUGCCAUUGGAAGGCAAAUCAAAACAACACGAUAAUGGCCCAGAUUCCAUUCGUCCGGGAGACCAUCGAAACGCUGCUGAUCAAAGUUAAAGCUGUGCUUGCUGCAAACAAUUGUGCGGCUGCGUUCUGGCAGAAUAAUUUGAAGAACAAGAACCUUCACGGCGAGGAAAUAUUGACUCAGUCAACGGAAACCACUGACGAUAACGAUGACGAAGAUGAGGAAUUGCCAGAGGAUGAUGACAGUUUGGAAGAUGAAUUAUUGGAAUACGAUCAGGAUGGAAGUCGUGAAACGUCCGUGGAAACCACUAGACGAAUUAGUAAAGCGAACUCAGACGCUAGUAGUUUGUUGUGUUAGCAAUUACGCUUGUCAUUCCAUGUCAAAGAACCAAUGACAUAACCAAUGACCCACUAUUAUGUCAUUGCAAAGAACAAUCGAACAUGUUUUCGUUAAAAUAAUAUAUUUUCAACAAUUCCAAAUACUUUUACCCUUGACCAAAACAUCUUUAAAACCGCGCACAAAUACCGUUGAAUUGUACCAGCUCGUCGCACCUUUGUCAGUCGAA